AUGGCUGUGGAUGCGUAUUGGCGCUCAGUAGUCCGUCACCAAUGGCUGCCGAUAGCUAUUGGCGGGUUCGUCGUGCUGCUGCUCGUGUGCGCACCGCUGCUGCUCCAGCCGACUCGCCAGCUCCCCAUCAUGCAAGUACCGCCCGAUCCCGCCGCUGCCUCCGCCACACCGCUCAACCACUCCCCAGAACCAGGAGCUAUGGCGCUUGCGUCAGGGCCGGAAUCAGGAGCUCUCGCGGGUGACAUCGCCAUCCCGCAGGCAGGCAGCGGCGAGUCGGAUCUGAGCAGAGCGGACAAUCCCGAGGGGAUCCCGCGACUCGAGGGCAGGGAAUCAACGCGACUGCCAGUCGAUGCGUCUCAACACAUCUGCUGGACCUCAGAUGCUCUGCUCAGCCACACCUCACCAGGAGAAGCAGCAACCGCAGCAGCCCCCUCAGAAGGCGCAGCAGCCCCAGCAGCAGCAGCGGCAGCAGGAAGGGGAGUGGUGGUGGGUGGCAGGGGAUGCAGUGGGUGCGUGCAGGGGGAGGAGUGCAGCAUACACGUGUGGGUCAUGCCGCCUGCUCACUGGAUCCCGCCCUUGGGGUCCAAUCGGAGUCACGCGGACAACAACGGCAACAACAGCAGCAGCAGCAAUGAGAGCAGUUGGUUGACGGACGACCUGACUCUGACUCUGGAGGGCCCGGCCUUGGGCACUGGGGACGUGCAGUGCACCGACCCCCCUGCCUGCUCGCACUUCCUCAUCUCCUACCGCCUCUGGGACGUCGGAGAUUAUAGUGCCACUCUCUCUGUGGGUUGUUUAAACCUCAACUUCUCUCCUGACUUUGCCGCCCAUCUCAACUCCACCUUCCGCCAUGACCUUGCCACGUGGAGUCUCUCUAUUGGCUGGCCUGAACAAUCAGCUUCUGGGGGCGUUUUUGCAUCUGCAGGCACAGAUGGUGCUGCUGGUAACGGUGCUGCCUCCCUCAGCAGACUAGCCACGCCCUGCACACCUGGAUCCAUCCCCGGUCGCUGGAAGAGGGACAGCACUGGCAAUUACACCUGGACGUUCUUCCCCUGUGCGCCGCCAUUGUCGCCUCCCAGCCGUUGGAUCUCGGAUCUACGGCGCAAGGGCAUAGAGGAGAUCAACAUAGUGGGGAACUCGCACCAGAGGGGGCUGGCCAACCACCUGCACUUCCUGCUCUCGGGGGACACGGGGCCCUUAUUGCCCGAUCCCCGCUUCAACUACACCUUCCGCUCCACCAAUGCACAAGGGGAGACGUUCAGAAUCAACUGGUAUUGGGUUGAUGGCAUCUACCGCAACGGGGAGUUUGGCUGCGGCCCAUCAUCCACAAGCAUUGGGAGUGUGGAGCUGGAGUGUGGAGCUGGGAUACAGGAUCCUAAACCCCUCCUCUUCCUCUUCAUUCCCACACCUCCACAUUCGCCUCAGCUGACGUCACUGACUGCUAUAAGAACAAUCAUUAAUAAUCCUAAACCCCUCCUCUUCCCCUCCACCUUCCGCCCUUUCCUGCCCUUCCCCUUCCCUCGAACACCCCGACAGUGA